CCUCUCGUUUUAUGUACCACAAACACGCGUAACCCUUUUGCUACAUUCAACCUAUUGUUUUCACUCAUAUGGCAACUUCUAAGUCUUUGAUUGCUUCACUUUUUCUCUCACUUCUUCUUCUUCUUCAUCUUCUGGAAGCUGAUAUGAUGGUGAACACAGAUGCAGCACUUGGUUAUUCCUCUCCGAAAAUCGACUGUGGCGGAGCAUGCACUGCGAGGUGCCGUUUAUCCUCCAGGCCACGACUCUGCAAGAGAGCUUGUGGAACCUGUUGUGCACGUUGCAAUUGUGUUCCUCCAGGAACUGCAGGUAACUACGAGGUCUGCCCCUGCUACGCCAGCUUGACCACCCACGGCGGCAGACGCAAGUGCCCUUGAAACAACCCACCUCUUAUGCCGUCUCUCCUGCAUGCCACUGCUUGUGGCAGUAAGUAGAUGUCACUACCAAUAAAUAAAUCAAAGCGUUGUUAAUUACUGUUGUAAAAAUUUGUUAAUAAAAGGUGUGUCUGCUUUUGUUGAACGAUAA